ACGAAUACAGAGAGUGAGCGCGGGGAGCUGUGCGCAUGCGCGGUCAGUUCCUGUAGUCACGUGGGUGUCAUGGCGGCUUCCUACUCCCUAUCCCGGUGUGUGGUGUCUCCUGCAGGAAAGCACACGGCGUCUGUCAUCUUCCUGCACGGAUCAGGUGACUCAGGACCAGGAAUUAAAUCAUGGAUCCGGGAACUCUUGAAGAAGGAUUUAGCGUUUAGCCAUAUAAAGGUCAUAUUUCCUACAGCUCCGGCCCGACCCUAUACACCGAUGAAGGGAGCCAUCUCCAACGUCUGGUUCGACAGGCAUAAAAUCUCCAUACACAGCCCCGAAAAUCACGAAUCCAUCAAUUCCAUGUGCCAAACAUUAACAGAUUUAGUCAAAGAGGAGGAGGCGUCCGGCAUUGCCAAAAACAGAAUAUUGCUGGGUGGAUUCUCGAUGGGUGGCGCCAUGGCCAUGCACUUGGCUUAUAGGUACCAUAGAGAUGUUGCUGGAGUGUUCGCUCUCUCAAGCUUUCUCAAUAACAAUUCAAUAGUUUAUAAGGAACUUGAAGCCGCUCCACAGAGCCUACCCGAAUUAUUCCAGUGCCAUGGACAGGCUGAUGAGUUAGUCUUUCACCAGUGGGGAGAAAACACUUGCACACGAUUGAAAGGUCUUGGCGUGACUUCAUCUUUCCACAGUUUGCCGAAUCUUCUUCAUGAACUCAGCCUACAGGAAUUAGAACUGUUACACUCUUGGAUUUUAAAGAAAUUGCCCGAGGUCACCGAAAUCGUUCAGUAAAAGCCGAAAAAAAAAAAGAAACAUAAUAAAUGUUUGUAAUCAGAGAGAAA